AUGUACUCCUCCAUCGUGCUCCUCUCCACCCUGGCUGCCUCGGCUCUGGGUGCCAGCAACUCGAGCAGCUACACCUUCCCUUCAGACUUCAACAUUGGCCUGGUGAAGCCGGAUCAGCUGAACUCGUGGUGCCAGGGUCAGCGAAACGUCUGCCCGGAUAUGUGCGAUGGUUCGACCUCGGCCAACUCCUGCGAUCCUACCACUCUGCAAUUCCAGUGCACGUGCAGUAACGGUACCGUUCCCGACUCCAGCCAGUACAUGCAGACCGUCCCCUUCUACGUCUGCCAGGCCACCUACGGCCAGUGCAUCGACGCUCACCCCAACGACGCCGAGGGACAGACGGCUUGCAAGGAUGCUGCUCAGUGUGGAACUAAGAACGCCACUGCCCUGGUGUCUUCUUCUUCCUCCACUUCGGCCACCAGCACUAUGACCAUGACCACUUCUACCACGUCCAGCCAGACCAGCAGCACGUCCUCUGUGGCUGCGGAGAGCACCACCAAGAACGCCGCCAUCACUGUUGGCGAGGGCUACUCGACCGGUAUCAUGGCCGGUGCCAUGUUCCUGGCUGCUCGCAUGUUCCUGUAA